AUGGAGUCUGAAGAAACCAGUGAGGGAGGUACCAUUCCCCGAGAAGCCAGCAGCGCCACUGGGGAAGCUUGGGAUUUUAUAGCAGUCAAAAGAGAGCAUCAUGCCCCUCAUGCAUCAGCUGAAAUGAGCACCAGCCUGUCUGACUCUGCAAAGGGAGCAGAGCUCAGCACUCCUGAGGACUGCCUUUCUGCUCCAGGGAAAGCAGCAGAGAUGCUGGGCAGACCCUCUAACCCUGUGCAAAAAGUGCCGGCAGGACUGGAACAAGAGCAAGGUGAUGCAGAGCCUCAAAUGGGACUCUCGGAAUUGGAAGGAGAAAUACUUUUAGAGGAGGGUGGACUGGAUUAUUCUCUGAAACUUAAGCAAGUAGAGCUGGUUGACCUGGAAAGCGACCAGGACUCUUCCUCUCUCAGCAUAGUGCAGGAUGGGCCAGCCCCUGGCAAUGCCGUCCUGCAGGCUGUGGACCUCAGCACUGAGUUUCCUCAGUGCCAGGCAGAACUGGCUUUUCAUGGCUCAGACCCUCAGGCCCAGCAUCCAAAAUCUCCUUUGGCUGAUGCCAUUUCCUCUCAGAGAGAGACGCCUAAAUGCUUCUUGGUAUGUAAAACCAUUUCAGAAGGGCAUUAUAAGGCUGAGCCGUUUCUGGAUAAGAUCUCCACGGAUUCUUUGCAGGAGGUUGAUACUGGUGCAGAGCAGAAGCAAAGCAGCAAAAAAGUGACACCAGCAACUGAUGAGCAACCUACCUCAGAGGAAGCAGUAGAGGACAUGGCUAAACCUUACAUUUCUGAAGAUGCUAAGGAAAGCAUAAGACCACUCCAGGGUUCGGAAGAGAAUACAGAGUCUUCCUCUUCCCAUCAUUUGUCUUCCAUCUUAACAGGUCACAGCCAAAUAAGUUCACUACAAGCAGAAGGAAAGAUCUCAGCUGGUGAAACAAGGAAUAGCAGCAUGGUCAAAGACCAGGGAACAGUAAUGGUUCCUAAAGAAAACUCAUCCACUUCCAAAUGCCUUCAUCUUGAAGAUGAUCACAGAAAAACAGAGGGCAGACCUGCCUCUCCAGCAGAGAGUGCCUUCCAAAAUGUUUUUUUGGCUGAGCAAACAGGAUCAGCAUUUCUUCCUGGGGAACCUGUCUCUGUGGAUCAGCAUCCUGAUGAGGAUGUACUGCUGAAAGCUCAUGUCACAGAAGCAGGUUCUGGAUGUCAGCCACCCAUUGUCAGCCCUCUGUCCUCAAAUAACCUGAACCCAGUGGGUGAAACUCCAGUGGUGCCUCCACACACAUGCCAUAUCUCUGACCAGGCAGAAGACCUGGAAGACUCUGGCCGCUUUUCCAUCGGUGGUCGGGAUAUUGGAGAAGCUGACUGGGAUGACAGGACAAGACUGGGCAGGGAGGAUGAGCACAGUGAUGGGCAUGGAAGUGCCGUCCAGAGGUUUGAUAAAAGAGAUGCAUCACUCCAUGGAGGAGUGGCAGCACCUUCUAGCGCAGAGAACCCAGAGGUUUCUGUUCCACCACACCCUUCCUCUGGUACCAAGAACUUGGAGCCACCCGAUCCCAUAGAUCCUCAUCCCAUUACAGAAAAUUUGGGAAAAGCUGAGCUUCAGGACUUCAUUCCAGGUUUACCCUCAGAGCUCACCUCUGUGGCUUCAACGUCUGGCCCACAGCAAGAGGGUGCCAGUGGAACAGCCUCUGUGACCCCUGAGGACUGUCCUGGUGCCAAUCUGAACAAAGUGCUAGACUCUGUAGAGAAGCCAGCCAACCGAGCUGCUUCUGUACAAGUGCGGGACCCAAUAUCAGGGGAAACUGGUAUUGUAAGUACUGAUCCAGGGGAGGCCAACACUUCCCAUGAACUCCUUACUUCUGAGAAAGGCUUUCGUGAAGACCUUAGUGGCCCAUCUUCUUUCUCUGUAAUAUACACGAGCUGCCUUCCUCUAGAGGGGAGCCUUCCUGAGGAUAGGAGGACUGUGGCUAUCAUUGCAGGGCCUCUGGAACCACCCCAACUACCAGGCAGGACUUCCACUCCCCUGAACAACCCAGAGACAAUUCAGCAAAAACCCCCAGAAAAAAGUGCCGUUAUCCAAGGAAAAGAAAUGGGAGCAAACGCGGAUCAUGAAGCACAACAAAUGCCUUUACUUGAUCAGUCUGACUGCAGUUUAAACCAAAAAGAGCCUGGAUCCAGAAUCUCCAGUGUCCUGAGCACCCUAACUUGGCCCUCUGAAGAAGAUAUGGUCCUUGCCAUGAACCAGCAAGAACAAUCUCUGUCCCCUGUGUCCCACUCAAGCCUACCUCUGGUGUCUGAGCCUGAUGCCAAACAGCUUCCUCAUCCUCCUUCCCAUGUCCAAAGCCCCAGUCAAGCUCAGGGCCCUGCACUUAAUGCAAAUCACCUUGCUCAACCUCCAGCCCUUGAAAGUUACCAGUCGCUGGCUCCUGUACCCUACUCCAGGCCACAUCUCAACUGUGGUAUGGAUGAUAAUAAGUUACUAGCCAUUCACCCUACUAUAAGCCAUCCUCUCCAGACUGCCGCCUCUGUGUCUGAUUCUAACACUGUGGCCUCUGCUUCUGAUGGAGAAGAUGUAGCAGAGAAAGAUGACCUUGUUCCAGUGACUAGAGAGUGGGAUCUUGGUGAUUUAGGUACCCAUGAUACAGAGACUUCUGAUGACUCAGGGGUCAGUUUGUUGGCCAAAAGCUUUUCUGCUGUUGGAAAUGAAGCAUUGGCUGGCUGCUCUGGCACCAGCCCUGAAACAGCGGACCAGCACAUGGAUAUACAGUGUGGAAAAUCCUCACCUGACCACCCUUCUUGGCCCUCGCUCAAAGGCCUGAUAACAUCCACAGAGUCCAAGAGCAGAGACUCUGCACAGCCACUUCCAAUGCUAGCAUUCACCAAUCCAAUCCACUUCUUCCAGCUCAGCCCUCCAUCACCACCAACCACGAGAACGACCUGCCAAGAGGAGGAGGUCUUGGGGGAGCUGCGAUGGGAGCAACAGGCAGGCAUCUUUGGUGUGGACACAAAGGACAUCCAAGCUCCAUUGGCAAUCACAGAGAAAACAGAAGGUGAGAGGAGGGUCAAGCAAAGGCUGGAAGGAGGAGGAGAACACCACUUGGUAGCUCAGCCAAAGGAGGAAAUGCCCAGACAUUCACCCUUGGAAAAAUCAUCAAGUUGGCCAGGCAAAAAAACGAUCAGGGUAGUUGCACAGGAGCCAGCAGCCAAUCAAGAAAACCCAAUUAAACGCCGAGUAAAAAGCAAGGACUGGCACCGUCAGGGCCUGAAAAGGAUAUCAGUACCACCAGAUGUCUUGCAGGAAAUUCCUUUUGUUCCUUCAGAGGAAGAAGCUCACAAGGCACACAGGGAACCACCAGUCAGCUCAGAAACAGUUAUAUUGCGAGAGAAGAAACCUGCAGACCCAACGGAGAACUUCAAACGCCGGCAUUCCAGACUGAUCAACUCCUCAAGAUUGCUGUAUCAGGAGUACAGUGAUGUGGUUCUGAACAAGGCCAUUCAAAGCCAGAAGAGAGUGGAUUCUUUCGCAGAGGAUAUAGAGUCGAGUUUCCCAAGCUCCCCAAGGCUACGGAGGAAAGUGUUGUCUCCCCAGGACUCGUAUUUCCAACGUCUGUCAGUCUCAUCUAAUGCGUCCCUCUGGCAGGACAUCCCCAUGAUACGGGGCAGCAGAAUACUACUCAAUAUGUCCCGUGAUGAGCAGAAGCUGCAAGAGGCCAAGUUUGAGUUGAUAAUGUCUGAGGCUUCAUACCUGCGCAGUUUAAAUGUGGCAGUGGAUCACUUCCAGCGAUCAGCAGAGCUCCAGGCAAUGCUCACCAAUCAAGAGCGUCAGUGGCUUUUCUCCCGCCUUCAUGAUGUACGCGAUGUCAGCGCCAGUUUCCUCUUUGACUUGGAGGAGAAAUUUGAGGAGGACAUGUUCACCUUCCAUGUGUGCGAUGUGGCUCUGAAACAUGCCCCCGAGUUUCGCAGGGUGUAUCUACCAUAUGUAACAAACCAGACAUAUCAGGAACAAACCUUCCAGCGGUUACUAAAUGGAAAUGCAGGGUUCCAGCAAGUCCUGGAGAGACUGGAAAGUGAUCCGGUAUGCCAGCGCCUCUCACUUAAAUCCUUCCUCAUCCUCCCUUUCCAGCGCAUCACUCGACUCAAACUCCUCCUACAGAAUAUCCUGAAGAGAACUCGGCCUGGGUCUGAGGAGGAAGUGCAAGCAACACAGGCCUAUGAUGCACUUGAAAAGCUUAUCAAGGAUUGCAAUGAAAAUGUCCAGCGCAUGAAGAGCACUGAAGAGCUGAUCUACCUCAGCCAGAAGAUAGAAUUUGAGUGCAAGAUAUUCCCACUCAUCUCACAGUCGAGGCGACUUGUGAAGUGUGGUGAGUUGACAGCACUGGACUUCAGCACCCUGAGUCCAAAAUGGAAAGUCACCACCCGUCCCAUCUACCUGCAUCUUUUCAAUGACUGUCUGCUCCUGUCUCGGCCGAAGGAGGGCGGACGUUUUGUUGUGUUUGAUCAUGCCGCUUUCUCAGAUGUGCGUGGGGAGAAGUGCGAGAUGAAACUGCAUGGAACAAACAAAAAUGUUUUCCGUCUCUUUCUACUUCCGAAUUACCAGGGACAGAGAGUGGAGUUUUUGUUUCGUACAGAGACACACAGUGAGAAGCUGAGGUGGAUCUCUGCUUUGGCUCCUCCACGAGGAGAACUGGACCUCCUGGAAUGCCCUGAUGCACCGCAGGUUCAAUGCAUAAAGACUUACAAGGCUCGGGAAAAUGAUGAGCUGGCUUUAGAGAAAGCAGAUAUCAUCAUGGUUAUGCAGUACAGCAAUGACGGAUGGAUAGAAGGAGUAAAACUUUCAGACCGGGAGAGAGGCUGGUUCCCCUCAGAACAUGUGGAACUCAUCUCCAGCAAACAUGCGCGGCAGAAGAACCUGAAGGAGGAACAACGUGUGAAGAAUGCCAAGCAGCAGGUCUUCUGCAAGAAAUAGGACUCGACUCUAUUUGGACCUGUACAGUCUCCCUGCCAUGGGGAAACCCAUCUUUUUUUCUUUUGUUCCUCAGAAGAAACGCCUCUGCGAAGAGCAUAAUACAGCACUUUGACAGAACCAGGUGCUUUUUGCCAAAGAAAGUGGG